AUGGUCAAGGAUACUAAGUUUUAUGAUAUUCUAGGUGUUUCUCCUACUGCUUCUGAAUCUGAAAUUAAGAAAGGUUAUAGAAAAGCUGCUUUAAAAUACCAUCCAGAUAAGAAUCCAACUGCAGAAGCUGCUGAAAAAUUUAAAGAAUGUUCUGCUGCUUAUGAAGUGUUGUCCGAUCCUGAAAAGAGAGAUGUGUAUGAUCAAUAUGGUGAAGAAGGUUUGUCGAGUGGUGGUCCAGGUGGUCCAGGUGGUUUUGGUGGUUUUGGUGGUUUUGGUGAUGAUAUUUUCUCCCAAUUUUUUGGUGGUGGUGCUUCACAAAGACCAAGAGGUCCACAAAAGGGUAGAGAUAUCAAACAUGAGAUCGCUGCCACCUUGGAGGAACUGUAUAAAGGUAGGACUGCCAAGUUGGCUUUGAACAAGCAAAUCCUAUGUAAAUCUUGUGAAGGUCGUGGUGGUAAGGCUGAUGCUGUGAAAAAAUGUUCUAGUUGUGGUGGUCAAGGUAUUAAAUUCGUUACAAAACAAAUGGGUCCGAUGAUUCAAAGAUUCCAGACAGAAUGUGAUGUUUGUCAUGGUACUGGUGAUAUCAUCGAUCCAAAAGGUCGUUGUAAGAGUUGUCAUGGUAAGAAAAUCGCUAAUGAAAGAAAAAUUUUGGAAGUUAAGAUUGAACCAGGUAUGAAAGAUGGUCAAAGAAUCGUUUUCAAGGGAGAAUCAGAUCAAGCUCCUGAUAUUAUCCCAGGUGAUGUCGUCUUUGUCGUUAAUGAAAAACCACAUAAGCAUUUCCAAAGAUCUGGUAAUGAUCUAGUAUACUUGGCUGAAAUCGACUUAUUAACUGCUAUUGCUGGUGGUGAAUUUGCUCUUGAACAUGUCUCUGGUGAAUGGUUAAAAAUUGCCAUUGUCGCAGGUGAAGUUAUUGCUCCAGGUGCUAAGAAAGUCAUUGAAGGUAAAGGUAUGCCAAUUCUUAAAUAUGGUGGUUAUGGCAACUUGAUUAUUCAAUUUAAUAUUAAAUUCCCAGAAAACCACUUCACUGAUGAAAGCAAUCUAAAGAAAUUAGAAGAAAUCUUACCACCAAGAAAUAAAGUUACAAUCCCAGCUAAAGCUGAAGUUGAAGAAUGUGUAUUAGCUGAUUAUGAUCCUGCUAAAUAUAGAACAAGUAAUGGUAGAGGUCAAAGUUAUGACUCUGACGAUGAAGAUGCUCAUGGUGGUGCUGAAGGUGUCCAAUGUGCUUCUCAAUGA